ACCACCACCACCACCACCACCACCACCACCAUCUCCACCACCAUCACCACCACCACCACCAACCCACCACCGCUGGCUGAGUGACCAACCCACCACCAACCCACUACCACCCCCCUCCUACGCAGCCCUUUCCCUCCCCCUCACUAAGCCGCAUGCAAAGUGCUGAUAUUCGGAGGAACGAAGUUGACGCGAAAACGUAUGACGGGCAUCCAGAAUCCCUUCUCACUUACUCAUUCACUCACCUUUGUCUCUGUUCUGUCAGGCAUGACACAGACUCUCCCUCCCCUCCCUUGUAUGCAUUCCCUUCUUCGCUGUGUUCUCUCUCUCUGCAUCUCUUCGCUUGACCGGCCACAGCUCCGUGCUCUGUGUCACCCUUUGCCUUCUCCAUUUGCCUUCUCCCCCUCCCCCUCCUCCUCCUCCACCUCCUCUCAGCUCCCGCCUCGCUCGUCCCCCUCGCCCCCGUCGCUUUCUCUUGUCUUGUCCGUUCGACGUGGAAAAGAGUUUGGGCACCGGUCACCUUCCGCCACCCCGGUAAUCUGGUGUACCCGGCGGCCCAGACAGCGACGACGGAGCAACCCAAACCCAAACCCAGCCCAACCCAGCCCAAGCCGCGCUAACCCUACCCAUCCCAUCAUGCCAUAUCCCUACUCCAGCAGCCCUCCCUCCCUUCUUCUUCUUCUUCUUCUUCUCUUCUCCUUCUUCUUCUUCUUCUUCCCGUAGGAAGGAAACAAAAAAGAAAAACAAUCUUUAAAAAUCUCCUUC